CUAUGCAUGGGUCGAAAUUUCCCGCGACUGCAGAACCGCAGCCUUUCUGCUGAAACGAAACAGUUUGCUGUGACUCCUACCUGGUGACCUUUCAGUGUUUCCUUGCGGCCGGUGACAUGGGCUGUUCAACCUCGACAAGUGCAGUUCCCCAUGUCAAUGUGGAGAAGACAAGCAGCCUAAACAGCGUCAACAGCCGCGGGAUGGAUCCAUUUGACAAGAUUCUUCAGAAGUCUUCACACUUUGGUCGUGACGUCAGCUAUCAGUCCACCGUCUCGGGUAAUACGAUCAUUGACGAGCAGGACCUGAACCUGAUGGAAUGCAGUUGGUCCUCUUGGGCCGAGGAUGACCCAUCGCCCGCCUCACCGCCCACGCGCCGGACCCAUGAAGUCUACAAUCAGGCUUUGGACAGGUUCCUGAAGAAAGUCGAUGAGAAGCCAAAGAGGUUCGAGCAGAUGGUUGGGAUCUACCGCAAACGUGCAGGCUUUGAGGAAGACGUGAUGCAAAUUAUUUCCGUAUGACCGAAAAAGGCCGUUCUCACGGCUUCGGUCUACGGCUGGAUUGACUGAAUCCACAAAUAUGUCAAUAUGUCAUGUGCUGAGCCAAGAACAACUUCACUUUAUAUCAUGUAGGGAUG